GGCUGUUGCCUGCCCAAGUGCAACCUCCGCAUGCAUCGUUGGGGGCGCGGGAAGGCCCCAGCGGCCCUGGAGGACAGAACGUCCAGCAGUUUGCAGAUGGCCAGGACCCAGAAGACUCUGCUAGCCCUUCCUCAGAGAGAAGGGGUCCAGGCAGCCACUGUGGCACCCACCCUGUUGCCUAACCUGAAGAGCAGCUGCUUCGACCAUGCUCUGCACCAGGGGCUCCUCCACUCCACCCGGCGGCGCUGCAGUCCCACCUCAGCUCCAACUCCCAAAUUGUCAAAGAAGCGCAAAGUGCAUGCAGCCGGGGACAUGUUCCCCACUGAUUGGAGCCCACCACCCAUAGAGUUCCUGAACCUGAGAGUACCACAGGCCAGCAGGGGGGCCCCAGCACAGAGGUGGCUAAGGCCAGGGGGCCCUCAGGGCCUGAGGACAUGGGCUCCCCAGCUGCCUGAGGAGUUAGGCCAGGAGCCCCAGGACUUGGACCCCCAGGGGAGCCUGACCUCACUGGAGGAGCUGUUCGGGAACAUGGCAGGCCCAAGCCAGAAGGCUACAGCUCCAGUGGUGGACACCCACACCUUGUUCACCUCUGGAGCCUCGGAGAGCUAUGCCAAUAGCUUAGAUUACUUACUACAGGAGAAGCGGGAACAGGCCCUGGAGCAGGAGCGAGAGAAGCUGCUUCUGCAUGAUUGUCCUGACCUCUACUCCCUGGAUCUGGCUAAAGAUGAGGCGCCUCUCACACCUGAGCACAGGAUGCUGGUGGAGAGGUUCUCCAUGUCACUACAGGUCAUCCCACCAGUACAUCCCGGUGAAACCGUGUUUCUACCCAGGCGUCAUCCCCUGUAUUGCAUCCUGGACUGUUCACACCUGAAGCCACGUAGCCACCUGGAAGGGCUCUUCCUCAGCUGCCCACUGGCCCAGCAGCUCUCCUUCCUGCGCAGUGGCCUCCUGAGCAACCUCUACCUACACACCCCCGACUGCCCUGUGCCCCUGCUCCAGUGGCUCUUCCAGCUGCUGACAUGGCCUCCAGAAACUUCUUCAAGAGCCUUUGGCCUCCUGUGGGAUCUCAGUGUGAAUGGGCUCUUCCAUCAGUCUGAUGGAGACAAGCACUGGUGGUGCCCCUCCCUGCAAGAGGUCACGGAGGUGUUUCACAGCCUGGGAGCCCGUAGCCCUGCUCUGGGCCUGCGUGAGCCCCGUCAGCACAGUGGGAGGGUGCUUAAAAAUAGCACUAGCUUGAACUGGAGUGAGCAGCAGGACGCCCCCCUGGAGAUUGCCUUGGACGUCAGCCUGAACUACAUCUACAAGUUCCUAGCUCUGUGUGCCCUAGCCCAGCCAGGGGCCUACACUGAUGGGGACCUCCUGGGCCUGAUUGAGCUGCUGUGCCGAGUUGGCCUGGAUGUGGGGCUUCGCCUGCUGCCCAAGACUGAUCUUCAGCAGCUUCUGCUUCUGCUCCUUGAGAACAUUCAUGAGUGGCCAAGGAAGCUCCAGAAGCUGUGCUGCAGCCUGAGUGAGGUGUCCGAUCACCACCACAACCUGCUGGCGCUCGUGCAGUUCUUCCUGGACGUGACCUCCCGGAGCAGGCAGCUUCGAAGCCAGCUCAGCCUUGUGGUCAUUGCCCGGAUGCUAGACCAGCAAGAGACGCUCCCUCUCUGGCAAGAGAAGGCCCAGCUGUCUUUGCUCAGCCAGCUUCUGAGCCUCAUGAGGCCAUCAUCCCUCAGACAGUACCUGGGCUCUGAGACCUUGCCACCCUGCCAGGAGCAACAGCCAAAGACCAAUGCUGAAUUAGACCACAAGAGCCCAUCUGGCAGCAAAUGUCUGUUCAACAACCAGGGAAGAAGAGGAGGAAGCGGGCUGAGGGUAUCCUUUAUUUGGAGUACUGUUCUCAUGCAUAUAAAGGAAACUGUGUCCCCCUUGUCUGCUGCCAUAUUGGAAAUGACCUGUUUGGCCUGGAAACAUGGAGAGGACAGUCUGCUACCUGUGCCACAGCCUUCUGACCCUGGCCGGGGUGGUGGUCAGCUGCCAGGACAUUACUCCAGACCAGUGGGGAGAGCUGCAGCUGCUGUGCAUGCAGUUGGACCGCCACAUCAACACCCAUAUCCGGGAGAGCCCCCACGCCAUGCACCGGACCAGACUCAAGGACCUGGCGGCCCAGACCUACGUCCGCUGGCAGGAACUCCUGGCUCACUGCCAACCCCAGGCCUGAGGCUGGCCUCCUACUCUGCUGAAAGGGACCCUCUCAGUCUGCCCUGGUCUCUCCAAUUUCUGUAGCAACAACCUCCACACCCCUGAUUUUCUCAAGUUCUCUAGGUAAUAAUAGUCAUAGGUACUACUUACUGAACUAAGACUCUUUUCUCUAUGAAUCCAGAUAACCCCAUGAGACAGGUAUUGUUAUGAUCCCAUUUUACAGAUGAGCAAGCUAACCAGAGUCACUGAGAGGUUAAAUAGCUUGCCCCAUCACACAGGCAGCAGGCAGCGUGUAAAUGUCAGAACCAAGGCACAGAUCCAGCCUGACUCCUGAGCCUGCAGACUUAAGCACAGCCCAACCCCUGCUCUGGCAGCCUCUCUUCUGGCCUCUGUCCCUCUGACAGGCAGCACCGGCUGGCUCAGGAACUCUUCCCUCCCCUAGCCCCCAGCCCUUGAUGGAGACAGGCUGGGUCUGGUGAGAAUCUCUCCACCCAUCCUCCCAAUGCUCCUGGGCUCCCAACUUGCCUGUGCUCUGACUUCUCUGUUUGUCCUUCCUCCUGUAACCUCUGACUUGGGUCUGACACAUUGGCCACAGGCUGUGGCUUGGGUCUCAGAUUUCACAAGUCUCUGAGAAAGCUGGAGAGCAAACCUCACCCUCAAUCCCCAAGCAACUGGAUCACACUAGUCUCUGGUGGGGAAAAGCAUGUUUGUCAUGAAAAGAAGAAGUGAUUCGUGGCCUGGCAAAGUCAAGAGGCCAGCCCCACUUUCCUUUCACACUGCCCUGGGCCUUCGAGCCAGGAGUAGAGGGAACCCAGACAGAGCACUCAUGUGCUGUGGUCAAGUGGCCUGUUGACCCGCCGUGUUCUCCCCUGGACUGGGAGCCACAGGACUUUUGUAGUUCAGCACGUGACACGAGGAGCCUGCAGUGAAUGUUGCUGCUGAAGAGUCGGAGCAGCAUCAAGACGGUGGGCACCACCUGGGCCAGGGCCAUCACACUCUGUUUUUCUCCUUGCCACAGGCCCAGUACUUCAGCCCCUGGAAAGACUAAAGGAGCAGGGCAGGGCCGGCCCUAGGCUCUUGGCUCUGGCAGGAAGCGAACAGGGCUCAGGGAACAGGAGGAAGCUAAGAACAACAGAAGCGAGAGGAGGACCA